GGGAGCGGGCUCUGCCUUACGCGUGUGCGGGCAAGAGCGGCGCGGCGCGGGGCUGCUGCUUUCCCGCGGGGGCAGCUGAGGAUGAAGGCGCCGGGAGCCGCGCACCUGGCGGGGCUCGGGAUGCUCUGGAGGCGAUUUGUGCCCGAGGCUCCGGUUACCGAACCUCCAGGGCUAUGAGAGAGCGCGGCCCGCAGAGCCUCGGUGCACACGUCCUGUACGUGGGGCUGCUCCGACACCCGGGGAUGCUGCACAGGGCCAAGUACAGCCGCUUCAGGAACGACUCCGUAACGUCUCUGGACGAAGGGCCGCAAAACAUCAAAGGUUCCUCCUCCUCCUCCCACCCUUCAGCACCCAACCUGCUGGCAGAGGACGUCCCGCUGGGCCCGCAGGACACCUGCACCACGCUGUGCGCGCUGAUCCCGCGCAUGGCCAACAUUAAACUCGCCAACCCCUCCGCUCUGCCCGGCCUGAAGAGCUUCUGCCUGGGGAGCAAGGAGGUGCCGAGGACCAAACUGACCGAGUGCGUCACCGUCCCUGGCGGCCCCUCCUCACCAGAGCUCGGCUGCCUCUCCGCCUCGUACCCGCAGCCCGGCCCGGAGGGGCCACACCUGACCCCAAGGCCCGCGGGCGGCUGCACCGGGCGGGGAGCGGAGGAGGCGGCGGGCAGGCUGGGAGGCGGCCUGCUGCCCAGCGGGGAGCACGCGGAGGAGCCGGGCACGACCUACGGCGUGCGGUACAUGGGCUGUAUUGAAGUGCUGCAGUCAAUGAGGUCCCUGGACUUUGGCACGCGAACACAAGUGACCAGGGAAGCAAUAAGUCGACUGUGUGAAGCUGUGUCAGGUACAAAUGGAGCGAUAAAAAAGCGGAAGCCUCCAGUUAAGUUUCUGUCCUCCGUACUUGGCAAAAGUAACCUUCAGUUUUCUGGCGUGAACAUAAAGCUGACCAUUUCAACAAACAGCCUCACACUGAUUAACGUUGACACACAGCAGAUUAUUGCCAACCAUCACAUGCAGUCCAUCUCAUUUGCUUCUGGAGGUGACCCAGAUACAACAGACUAUGUUGCAUAUGUAGCGAAAGAUCCUGUCAAUCAGAGAGCGUGCCACAUACUGGAGUGUCCCAAUGGGAUGGCACAGGAGGUGAUAAACACCAUAGGGCAGGCUUUUGAGCUCCGGUUCAAACAGUACCUGAAGAACCCGUCCAGCCUGGUGACUUCUAAUGAAAGUGAGGCAGUGAAUGCUAAUGGAUCAGCUGGGAAUUUACAGGAGAGGGAGGAUCAUGAAUAUUACAAUGAAAUUCCAGGGAAAGAGCCUCCCACUGGUGGACUAUUAGACAUGCGAAUGAAAGUGCAAACAGACCAAAGGUCUUGCUGUUUUGUACAGUGCAAAAAGCAGCAUUGCUUGACAGACAGCCCAACAUUCAUCAAUAUCUAUGAAAAUUGCCCAGAAGAAAACAAAACCGUGGGUCCUUGUGGUGAAAGAUCACAGAAGACAAAGAAAGAUGCAACAUUAUUGAAGUCUGCCUACAGACCAGAUCUUUUUGACGAUCCCUGUUACAUCAACACGCAGGCUCUGCAAUCUGCACUCUGUACAGCCCGUGGUACAGCAGCAACACAGAUCCAUGGGAGCCCACUGGGUCACACAAAGUUACCAGAAACUGUUCAGCAGAGUGCCACAAGCAACACAGCUGGUCUCUGCGUUCUGCCACAAAUAAAACAACAGCUAAGGAAUGAAGAUUGUUACCAUGGCAAAUUAAACAGGAAAGCUGCAGAAAGCCUCUUAGUCAACGAUGGGGAUUUUUUGGUGCGAGAGAGCACGACAUCACCUGGUCAGUAUGUCCUCAGUGGACUUCAGGGAGGGCAAGCAAAACAUCUUCUCUUGGUGGAUCCUGAGGGCAAGGUGAGAACCAAAGACCAUAUAUUUGAUAGCGUGGGUCAUCUUAUUCAAUAUCACAUGGAAAAUAAUUUGCCAAUCAUCUCUUCUGGAAGUGAAGUGAGCUUGAAACAGCCUGUAAGGAAAGAGAGUAAUAUGGGACACUUGCAUUACCACAAAUAAUCACUUGGAUCUCACAAACCCCAAGACAAUUUGUACCUGAAAACUUCGUUGACUAUUAUAAAACUUUAUAUUACAAAGCCAAUUCAAAAAUAAUAGACUGCACUUUCUGCUGCUGUUCCAGAAGAUAUCCUUUUGUGUGUGUAUAUAUAUGAAUAUAUGUAUAUGUGUAUAUCUAUGUAGAUCUAUAGAGAUCAAUAAGCAUAGUUAUAUAGAUAUAUAUAAUCUUAACAAAAUGACACCUUCAGAGUGGGAGAUUAAUUUGUGAGAAGAUAUUUUCGACAUGCACAAAUGUCACUUUCAAGGUCAUACUGAAUCAGUAACUAUUUAAAAGCACAAUUAAACCUCUACAUGUAAAAGCUCACUUGAACGAACUACUGGAACAUUAGUAUGUGCCUUUUAGGAUAGAAUUAUUGGAAACCAAUAUUAUUUAUACUGAAUUAGUUUUGGAUGGUUAAACAAACAUGUCUAAGCUUUUCACUAUUUGCCAAAACAAAUGCAACUUGAAUAUUACUAAAAUGUCAUCUGCUUUUGACAGACACUAACAAUCUCAUUUUGCUUGUAAUGGCACUUUACUAGCAAGUAAUGUUUGAAAUGAAUGGCAUUCACAAUACAAAAAAGUUGUAUGGUUUCUUGAUUGUUUUUUAUCAGUCUGACAACUCAAAGAUUGAGAUUAUGCAAUAUUUACAAAGUUGAAAUUGAUAUGUGUAAUAUAAUUUUGGAAUAGAACUUAUUAAGGGGCAAGCAUGCUAGAUCCUAAUAUUUUUGUCUUGCGUACAAUUUUACUAUUAUUACCAAUUAAUACCGGAGUAAUCUCUUUUUAAAGGUAGGCUAAAUAUAUUUUCAUUGAUUACAUAGUUGUUUACAAACUAGAAAAGCUGAAGAAAACUAAUGAUACAUUUUGAGAGAAAACCAUUUAAAAGACUGUUUGAACUUUGCAUGUGCCCUUAUUCAGAAUUCUUUCCAAAACAAUAUAUGAUUUUGCCUUUAUUCAUGUAGAGUCCAAUUGUUCCGAAAGUCUUUUAAAGGAAACGUAUCUAUUGUUUGGUCACAAUAAAUAAUCUAAAUAUGAA